GAGUUCGCGUUAUUGAAAAGAGCACGCCCAGACAGCGAAGAAAUCGAGCGGGCGAAGAGGAGACGCGAGCCUCGGAAAGAGAAGGACUCGAAUCGACACCGGCGCGCAGAGAGGAAGAGUCGCGUAGAGAGACAGAGAGUUGAGGCGAGGGAGUAAUACAAGAUGGCGCCCAGCAGUGGCCGGGCGCCGUCUGCAGCGAGAGUGCAGGACCAGCAGACGACGACCGGAGCGCGUCGGCGGGAUCGUCGACGAGUGCGUCGGUGCUUCUUGCUACCGCUGUGACCGGUUGCCCCGUCGUCGACGGAAUGGCGUAGCGGCCGUGGAAGAUGAUGUGCGUGUUUGUUGUGUGUGUGAGCAGCGCCGGUACCGUGAGGUGUUGAUGUGCCGCCGGUGAAAAAAAAAAAGGGCGAGAAAAGAAGCCGCGGCGCCGAGCGUCGGCGGCGGCUCCCCGGGGUUUGACCCGCGAGCUCGGCGCUACCGAGUGCGCGCUGGCUGAGAGGAGCCUAGCCGUCAAGGAAUUCCUGGUGGCUGUGCUCGUUCAAGACGUUGCCAAGCUUCGGACGUUUGGAAUACUGUCUGCAUGGCAGAAUGAACGGCUGCGGAGAGCUGGCCAGCCGUUGCCUUCAACUUUGUUGACGCAACAGAAGACAAGCCGCAGUUACGGAGCCAUGAUGACGACGUCCCCGCCCGGCACCUGUGAGGGCUCGGACGCGGAAUACCGGAGAAAAAACCCGCCUCCGGAGGGCUCCAGCAGCGAGGAAAGUGACGGCGACAGCGAUUCCAGUACCAGCGUGAGUGCCCAGGGUUCUUCUCUGCCCGAAGCGGUCGCUUCCAUGGCACUGUCCGUCGCCCGGUGACCCGGCCGGUGAUCUGCAUCACCGCGCCGGCGAGCAACGCAUGGAGGACGGCCGGCCGCCGCCGUACUCAAGCCGUGGCUCCGUCGCCGAUCACCGCCAGGUGAUCAUUGACUUGGACAACAGUGGAGUAGGUGCUGGUGUAGGGACCAGAACGAAGAAGUCGGUGCCGUCGCAACAGCAGCAGCAGCAGCAGCAGCAGCAACCACCGCAGACGCAAGAGCAGCAAACUGAGCCACCGGUGGUGAUACCACGCUAUAUGCGUAGCGCACCGAUCAAGCUCCUCACCCACCCCGUAGAUAGGAACCUCACCUGGUACUUCGUGGCCUCCGUCGCCUUCGUGUCCGUCUGCGCCGUCAUUGGUCUUCCGCUGGUGCUGCUGCUGCUGUCGCUGCUCCCAGUGGCCGUGGUCCUGCGCCACGCCGGCACCUCGUGCGCCUCGGCCCGGGAGGGAGUGCUGUGCGAAGACGACAAGCGGUUCGUGUCGCCCAUGGACACCUACUGGCUGCACGACACCGAGUUCAACUUCCACGUGGCUCACUGCGUGCUCUAUCUGGAGCCCGGACUGACGGCCUCUAUACUGGGCCAGCUCAUCGUCGAGCGCAUACUGGACAAGACCAACGACGAGGGGAAGCGCAUCUUCCGAAGGUUCACGCGCAAGGUGACCCCCGUGGUGGGCGGCUUCACGUGGGUGGAGGACGACACGUUCCGCAUCGAGAACCACGUGCUCGAGGACAACCGGCCCGUCAAGGACAGCGCCCAGCUGCGUCACUACUUGAUGGCGCUCAUGUCCCGGGGCAUGAACGUCAACCGGCCCCUGUGGGACGUCCACGUGCUGCCGAACUACGACCGGGGCCGCGAGACCGUGCUCAUCGCCAGAGUGCACCAGGUGAUCAGCGACGGCGUGUCGUUGAUGAUGCUGUUCUGCAACCACCUCUGCGACCCGGGGCCGAGUCUGAAGAUGAAGCCGCGCUUCGGAGGUUCCAGCUUUCCCCUAAACGUGUGCCGGGCGCUGGUCGUCGGCCCUCUCACGUUCCUCAUCUCGUGGCUAUUGCUCACCAAGCGCGACUUCAACUACCUCAAGCGGGGCUCCAAGCCGCCCUGCCGAAAGAGGGUCAUCGCGUGGACGGCCGGAAACAUACGUCUCUCGCAGGUGUACCGCAUCAAGCAGAUCACUCGGAGCACGUUCAACGACGUCCUCAUGACGGCCAUGUCAGGAUCACUGCGCUGCUUCUUCAAGAAGCACGGUGUUGUCAACCCACCCGACAUCAAGGUGUGCUUGGCUGUAGACCUGAGGUACGAGCCAGCGACCGGCGAGCCCGUACCCGAGCUGGGCACGCAGCUCAGCAGCGCCCUCGUGCGCCUCCCCACCAACACCGAAGGUGCCAUACCGCGCCUUUGGGAAGUACGACAAGCCAUGGACGAGCUCAAGAACUCGCCGGACCCCGUGGUGUUGUACGGGGCAGCAAACAUCCUGUUCACCCUGCUGCCCUGCCGGCUAGCACACUGGUUCAUGGGUAUGUGGCACCGCAAACCGUCGGCGGUGUUCUGCAACAUGCCGGGUCCCGAGGAGCCCGUGGUGUUGGGCAUGAGCCGCGUCAAGACCGCGGUCGCCUGGGCGGGCUGGACGCCCGAGGUUCCGCUGGCCGUCACCAUCACGUCCUACGCCGGCGCCUUCAACGUAGCCGUGUCGUCCCAGAUGGACAUCGUGCCCGACCCCGACGAGAUUAUCAGGGAAUUCGCCAAUCAGCUUGACCACCUGUCGGACUUGCUGUCCAGGCGGAGGAUCCCCGGGGAGCACAGGCGUCGUUCCAGUUACACGGCUGAGCGUCGGAACCAGGAGAUCGUCAGGCCUCCCUUGCACGAGUUACAACAGAAACUGCAGAGCGUCCAGGACGAACUCCAUCGGGUUCGGCACGCACUGGAUGAACUGCGGGUCCGAAGCCUCGGGUCGCCCACAAACGGCGACAGCGUCACGGCGGUCGCUCCUUUCGGAGAACCGCCUCUCACGCCGGAACCGGAAGAAGGCACCCGGGGGGCACAGCGGCCUCAGUCGCGCUCACCGGCGCCAGCGGUGACGACACCGGAAGAAGAGGAGCGAGAACGACUGGAAGCACGACUCGGCGAGCUCCAGGAGGAGUUCUCCGAGCUUCUGAUAGGACUGCGCAGGCGCAAGUCGGUCGCCGACAACGUGCUUCUGGACGCCGACGUUGAGGAAGACGACGACCUGGAUGGUGAACUACGCCGGCCUCCGAGACGCCGCGCCCUGUCGGUCACGGUGCGGCGAGCCAGCCUGCAAGCGGUGGUGUCCACCACGCGGCCACUGACCACCGGCUCAUCGCCUGUCUUCCGGUCGGCGGACACGAGUCCGGGAGCUCCGGAGACGAGGACGUUUCUAGGGGUCACCAUUAGGGACGACUGACUAAGGCCGCACCGCACGGGCCACCCAGCGACUAACGGCCGCUUUCCGAGGGAGACGUGCGCGAACCUGGAGCACGGAGUGCUGGGACACCUGUUCCUGCGGCAGAUACCUCCGUACCGGCUCGUGCCGAACGUGGCGUCGGCGAUCUCCGAUUUCCUAGCCACACGGCUCCGCCUCGGAACGACUCCAGGUCGCGUCGCCGUUGGUGACCCGCGCAGUGACAGCAGCAAGCAGCAGUCGGAGGAAGGCGUCCUUCUGUCCGCCGAACCUCGCUACGGAUACUUCUACUUUGCCGACGACGUUCUGUGCGUCGUGCCGGUGCACUACGUGUCGCCGCCCAGGGGAGGCUUCUUUCUGCCGAGGAGCCUACGCACCAACAAAGGAAGUGACGCUAUCAUCGACUUAUCGCCCGCCAUGCCAUGGACGGUCCACCGCUAGUCAUCCCCGUUUUCCUACCCGACCAUCCUCGUCUAUUGCCGACAGACUAUUGACCGCAGUGGUUAAGGAAGCGCCUGAAACGGAACUCCAGAGAGAAAAAAUAUAUAAACUUGACAUUGUGGCAGUUUUUUAUGCUGAAGUCUAUGGAAUAUUUACGCCCUUUAGAGCUUUUCUUAUCCUCAAAUAAUAUUCGUCACCUAUAUUGCCUGCAUUUCUAAAUUUGCAUAACUCUGCGCGCCCGGAACAUUCAGGUCAUGAACAGCAUGCCCGUAUCAGCGUGACACAGCGUUCCCGACAGGAAUGUAGCUAGCGCCGACAUUUAAAGACAGAAAAUGCAUGCAACAGGACGUGUAAUGUGUUAGGACAAGAUGAGCCUCAAGAACGUGUAUGAAUACUUGGAGCGUAUGGAUGGAAAGUAGGUGUACUUCUACGUACCUGCUUGCUGGCCAGAGUUACGACACCCUAUAAUAUGACAACUAUAGACGGGAUACUGACACGACUACCGUGGCUAUGUGCAAUCGCAAGUGUAACUUACGAACUUACGUAAGAGAAGUUUUGUCAAAACGGGCGCUGAAGUUUUUGUGCUGUCAAUGCGAAGUAUGCGCGUCGCUGUAAUACGACACAGGAAAGCAGGCAGCUUAGCUGAAAAUGUUAGAUUGUCUAUGGCGAAGUAAUAGUGAUUGUUGCAAUAUUACGCGAGGAAUCAGGCAGUAUCCCUGAAGGUUGCGCGAAGUGCUAUCUCAUAUUUUGUAAUUUGAAAUUCUACGCACCAGCGUUGUGAACCUCGAUGUAAUAUGUAACCGCUUGUGGUCAACCGCAGCUGUCGCCAGUAGAUGCCAGGACAAGAAGGACAGACUAUUGACCGCAGUGGU